GGCGGUGGCGGCGGCGGGUCCGUGAGAGUAGCGUGGGGGCGGGGAGGAGAGGCGGCGGCGGCGUAGGAGCUACGCCACACGCGGCCGGGGCGCUGGGAGCUCGAAAGCAGAGCGGGGUCGUGGCGGCGGUGGUGAGACGAGGGAGGCGGAGGAGGGGGUGCCAUGGCGGGGCAGCAGUUCCAGUACGAUGACAGCGGGAACACCUUCUUCUACUUCCUCACCUCCUUCGUGGGGCUCAUCGUGAUCCCGGCCACAUACUACCUCUGGCCCCGAGAUCAGAAUGCCGAGCAAAAUCGAUUAAAGAAUAUCAGAAAAGUAUAUGGAAGAUGUAUGUGGUAUCGUUUACGGUUAUUAAAACCUCAGCCAAAUAUUAUUCCUACAGUAAAGAAAAUAGUUCUGCUUGCAGGAUGGGCAUUGUUAUUAUUCCUUACAUACAAAGUUUCCAAAACAGACCGAGAAUAUCAAGAAUACAAUCCUUAUGAAGUAUUAAAUUUGGAUCCCGGGGCGACAGUAGCAGAAAUUAAGAAACAGUAUCGUUUGCUGUCACUUAAGUAUCAUCCAGAUAAAGGAGGUGAUGAAGUUAUGUUCAUGAGGAUAGCAAAAGCUUAUGCAGCUUUAACUGAUGAAGAGUCCCGGAAAAAUUGGGAAGAGUUUGGAAAUCCAGAUGGGCCUCAAGCCACAAGCUUUGGAAUUGCCCUGCCAGCUUGGAUAGUUGACCAGAAAAAUUCAAUUUUGGUUUUACUUGUAUAUGGAUUGGCAUUCAUGGUUAUCCUUCCAGUUGUUGUGGGCUCUUGGUGGUAUCGCUCAAUACGCUAUAGUGGAGACCAGAUUCUAAUACGCACAACACAGAUUUAUACAUACUUUGUUUAUAAAACCCGAAAUAUGGAUAUGAAACGUCUUAUCAUGGUCUUGGCUGGAGCCUCUGAAUUUGAUCCUCAGUAUAACAAGGAUGCCACAAGCAGACCAACAGAUAAUAUUCUAAUACCUCAGCUAAUCAGAGAAAUUGGCAGCAUUAAUUUAAAGAAGAAUGAGCCGCCACUUACCUGCCCAUAUAGCCUGAAGGCCAGAGUUCUUUUACUGUCUCAUCUUGCUAGAAUGAAAAUUCCUGAGACCCUUGAAGAAGAUCAGCAAUUUAUGCUGAAAAAAUGCCCUGCCCUACUUCAAGAAAUGGUUAAUGUAAUCUGCCAACUAAUAAUAAUGGCCCGGAGCCGUGAAGAAAGGGAGUUUCGUGCUCCAACUUUGGCAUCCCUGGAAAACUGCAUGAAGCUUUCCCAGAUGGCUGUGCAAGGCCUUCAGCAGUUUAAGUCUCCCCUUCUGCAGCUCCCUCACAUUGAAGAAGACAAUCUUAGAAGGGUUUCUAAUCAUAAAAAGUACAAAAUUAAGACUAUCCAGGAUUUGGUGAGUUUAAAAGAAUCAGAUCGUCACAAUCUAUUGCACUUCCUUGAAGAUGAAAAGUAUGAAGAGGUUAUGGCUGUCCUUGGGAGUUUCCCAUAUGUGACCAUGGACAUAAAAUCACAGGUAUUGGAUGAUGAAGAUAGCAACAACAUCACAGUAGGAUCCUUAGUUACAGUGUUGGUUAAAUUGACAAGGCAAACAAUGGCAGAAGUAUUUGAAAAGGAGCAGUCCAUCUGUGCUGCAGAGGAACAGCCAGCAGAAGAUGGGCAGGGUGAUACUAACAAGAACAGAACAAAAGGAGGAUGGCAACAGAAGAGUAAAGGACCCAAGAAAACUGCUAAAUCAAAAAAAAAGAAACCUUUAAAAAAAAAACCUACACCUGUGCCCUUAUCACAACCAAAGCAACAGAAACAAAAGCAGGCUAAUGGAGUCGUUGGGAGUGAAGCUGCAGUAAAGGAAGAUGAAGAAGAAGUUUCUGACAAAGGCAGUGACUCUGAGGAAGAAGAAACCAAUAGAGACUCUCAAAGUGAAAAAGAUGAUGGUAGUGACAGAGACUCUGAUAGAGAGCAAGAUGAAAAACAAAACAAGGAUGAUGAAGCAGAGUGGCAAGAAUUACAACAAAGUAUACAGCGAAAGGAGCGAGCUCUGCUGGAAACCAAAUCGAAGAUAACACAUCCUGUUUAUAGUCUUUACUUUCCUGAGGAAAAACAAGAAUGGUGGUGGCUUUAUAUCGCAGAUAGGAAGGAACAGACAUUAAUAUCUAUGCCAUAUCAUGUGUGCACACUAAAAGAUAUGGAAGAGGAAGAAGUUCUGUCUACCCAGACUUGGUGGACAAGAGCAAGGCUUUGAAUUUCAAGAUCUAUGAUGAUGAUUUUUAAUCCAAAAAGUUUUUUCCCACCUUUCUAACCAAGUAGUACAUGUAUGAAGUAGUUUCUUGUUUAUUUGACACUUAGAGUUGGUACCAACUUAAGGGUAUUUUUGAGAGUAAUUUUAACAUUUUUUGUGUGUGUGUGCGGUAUGUGGGCCUCUCACUGUUGUGGCCUCUCCCGUUGCGGAGCACAGGCUCCGGACGCACAGGCUCAGCGGCCAUGGCUCACAGGCCCAGCUGCUCCGCGGCAUGUGGGAUCUUCCCGGACCAGGGCUCGAACCCGUGUCCCCUGCAUUGGCGGGCAGACUCCCAACCACUGCGCCACCAGGGAAGUCCCAGCCAUUGAUAUUUUUGAAGAGUCCAGGCAAGGUAUUUUAUAGAAUAUCCCUUAAUCUGAAUUUGUCUUAUUGGUUACUCACGCUUAUAUUCUUCUCAAAUAUUUUUGGCAAAAAUACUGCGUAGGUGAUGUAAUAACCUUCUUAGUGCAUCACAUCAGGGGCACAUUAUAUUAGUUUGCCUGAUAUUGGUGAUAUAUGAUGGUUGAUCAUUUAGUUAAGUCUUUUCUCUGUUGUAAAAAGUGUGUCUUCCUCCAAUCUGUGGGGUGAUACUUGGACACUAUGUGAAUACCCUGUUCUCCAACAGUCUUUAACCCACUCAUUUUAGCAUAUGUUGAUGAUUCUUGCCUGAAUCAAUUUUUACUAUGCUGGCUGUAUUCAGUGUAGUUUAAUUUUAUAUUUCUCUUAAGAGGGAAACUGUACAUCUUUCAGUGUGUUUGAAUCAUAUUUCUUUGUGUGUCUGUUUGUGACCGUCGUUCAUUUUUGUUGGGUUAUAUUGGUCUUUUAAAUUGGUUUUGGGACUUUAUUUUUGUUUAAAUAUUAUGAAAUCAGCCCUUUGUGAUGUGUGUUGCAGAUAUUUCUCCCCAGUUUGUUGUACUAUUGUGGCUGUUUUUAUCAAGCAAAAAUAGAAAUAUUUACUCAUUUGUUUAUCCAUUGGUUUAUUUGGGUGUUUGAUGGUAUGAUUUAGUAGUCUUUUUCUUUUAUGAUUUGUAGGUUUGAUGUUACAGUUAGAGGGGCCAAACUUUGAGAUUAAUUAAAAAAAAAAUUCUCCCAUGAUGUUUUCUAGCUUGUUUGUUUUUUUUAUAAAUUUAUUUAUUUUAUUUAUUUAUUUUUGGCUGUGUUGGGUCUUCGUUGCUGGGCGCGGGCUUUCUUUAGUUGCGGUGAACGGGAGCUACUCUCCGUUGUGGUCACGGGCUUCUCAUUGUGAUGGCUUCUCUUGUUGCGGAGCAUGGGCUCUAGGCACACGGGCUUCAGUAGUUGUGGCAUGCGGGCUCAGUAGUUGUGGCUUGCGGGCUCUAGAGCGCAGGCUCAGUAGUUCUGGCGCACGGGCUUAGUUGCUCCGCAGCAUGUAGGAUCUUCCCGGACCAGGGUUUGAACCCGUGUCCCCUGCAUUGGCAGGCGGAUUCUUAACCACUGCGCCACCAAGGAAGCCCUAGCUUGUUUGUUUUAAUGGCAAAUUUUAAUAUAUAAUCUUGCCAACAAAAUCUGGAUUUUGGAAAGUGGAGGCAGAUUACCAGAACAUCUAAAUGUCAUCAUAAAAAUGUAUUCUUCCUUUGUCCAAGUGGAGUAGAAACUUCUAAGAGUUCGUAAAUGUUUGUAUUUGAAGUUCAUUAGUAUAUGAUAGGAAAUAAUGUAUCUUUUUGACCUUGUAAGGCAUUGGACAUCUGUAAAGAAAAAAACGUACUUCUCCCAUGUGUUUCUCCUUUACUCUAACACUACUGCCACACUCUCAACACUUCUGAUACCAGUUUGUGGGCUUUUCCCCACACCAAGCAAUUCGCUGUGACACCAGCUGAGUGUCCUGUGGUUUAACUCAGUGCUGACACUGUCUACCUGGAUAUCUACCUCAGGUUAAGGGUUCAGUCCCACAAGACUGCUGUUCCCCUGCUCUCCAUCUUUAGAUGCUAGUCACAAGUGCCAGGUUGUUACCUAUACUUCUGACCAACUGGCUGUAAAUCGUGGUUCCCAUGAUCCCCCUCCUUGGGUUCAAUAAUUUGCUAGAAUGGCUCACAGAAUUCAGGGAAACAUAUUUACCAGUUUAUUAUGAAAAUAAUAUGAUAAAGGAUAUAGAUGAAUAUCCAGAUGGAAGAAAUACCUAGGGCAGGGUAUGUGGGAAGGGGCAUGGAGCUUCUGUGCUCUUUUCUGAGCAAUCCACUCUCCCAGCACCUGCACAUGUUCACCAACUCGGAAGCUUCCAGAACCCCUACUUCGGGGAUUUUUAUGGAGGCUUUAUCACAAAGGCAUAAUUGAUCAUUAAUUCAGUUUCCAGCCCUUCUCUGGAGACUGGGGGCGUGGGACUAAAAGUUCUAAGCCUCUCAUCAUGGUUUGGGCUUUCUGGUGACCAGUCCUCAUCUAGGAGCCCACCAAGAGCCACCUCAUUAGAAGAGAACUCAUUCUUAUCCAGGAAAUUCCAAGGGAUUUAUAAGCUCAGUGUCAGGAACCAGAGUCAAAGACCAAAUAUUAGAACAAAAGAUGCUCCUUGUGCUCUUAUCACUUAGGAAAUUACAGGGGUUUGAGGAGCUCUUUACCUGGAACUGAGGGCAGAGACCAAUGUAUAUAUUUUCUGUUAUCUCACAGCAUUUGUCGUAGAAAUGAGAAAAUUUGGCAAGAACUCUUUCGUCUCUGGUGAAGUCUAUUUUAGUCCAUUUCAUUUAUUUUACUUUUAUACCCAACUUAAUUUCUUCAAGUUGUCAAGAUGUGAUGGUCAACAUAGAACUUGGUUGCUUUAAAUAUGCUUUCUUGAAUUGUGGAGAUAGAAAUUAACCCCAUCAAUUCUGCCUCUUUUUGUUUUCUUUUUGUAUAGUAUAUAUAUGACAUAAACGUCAUAUAUGUGUGUAUUUGUUGUUGUUAGAACUUUUGUAACAUUUAUUAGGACCUCCUGUGUCAUCUGAGUAAACCCUAGCUAUUAAAUACUCUGGUCUAAAUAUUUUAGGAGUGAGCUGUUGUUUCUUCCACUCCUCAAAAUAUAGAUUUUAAGUGCUGAUUUUAUAUUCUAGGUAGAACUGAAGUUUCCUGCACCAGGAAAGCCUGGAAA